CGCAUUGUUGCGGAGGCUGUGGAAAUAGUUCGCCGAACGGCGCUGGCGCAGCUGCCUUGAAAGAAGAUAUUUGGGCCACGUCUCUGCGCUUCCUCAGACGAUACGCGCGCCUGGAUCUAACCUAACGAGGCUGGCAAGACUGACCAUGGAUAGCCCAUGGCUUACGGUUCUCACACUUGCAUUCUUGUGCGCUUCCUCGAGCUACGCGCACCCGCAAGUCAAGUCGUUCAUGGCCAGCUCAUUCCAGGAAAUGAAAACAGGUCCGCACGGUACGGUGUUGGGUCGACAGGGCUACCACGACUCGUUGGGCCACGGGCGCUUCAUCUCCUACACGGUCGACAAUGAAGGCCGCGUCCAUGUUAGGCACGACCCCUCUGUGAAGGCUAUCCUGACUAACAUGGAGCAAUCGGCCAUACCGCACGGCUUCCACUUGUUCAGGCCGCUAUUCAAUCCCGCUUUUGGUCUGUCUGCGUUGCAUCUUCUACCGCGACUCCACCAGCCAUUCCUGUGUCUCCUGAAUCCUUGCAGCAGUGAUCCGUACUACAACCGGCAUGGUGAUCAAUACAUGCGAAUGAUGCACGGCAUUGCUUAGGCUUUCGUUGCACGCCCCACCGACGAAAGGUUCUCGGUGUCGUUGGGUCGUACACCAAAUUCUUCCAUGCUGCCGUUUUAUACUUAGCCAACAAAUAAAGGAUACAGAAAUGGGGA